AUCACUUAACGUCAGGAGUUUGAGACCAGCCUGACCAACAUGGUGAAACCCUGUCUCUACUAAAAGUAUGAACAAUUAGCCGCGUAUGGUGGCGGGCACCUGUAAUUUCAGCUAUUCGGGAGACUGAGGCAGGAGAACCGCUUGAACCUGGGGGGCGGAGAUUGCAGUGAGCCAAGAUCCUGCCACUGCACUCUGGCCUGGGCGACAGAGCCAAACUCAGUCUCAGAACAACAACAACAAAAAGCAAAAAUUGCCUAUCAUUCAUGACGGCAGAGGAAGAGUUCCAAGAUUUCCAGCUGGGCGGUUGAGACGGUGGACCAGGACAGCAGGGAGACGGACACAGGGAGGGAGCCCCAGUCUGUGGAACACCAUCCCACUUACCGUAGCUCCCCGCUGGCAGUGUGUAUGAGUCUUGGUGGUAUCUUGUGUGCGGGUCUGAGCUAGGGGGCGUGGCCCCAGGAGCGUCCAAGGUUCUGGUUGGGGCAGCCACAAGGUGUCUGAAGAGCAGAGGGGUUUGGUCGUCCUGGCACUUCCGCAAGCAGCCUUUCCAGCUGUAGCUCCGGAAGGUGCUCUGACAUGACAGUUCAAAAACACACUUCCCCCUGGCCUGGGCUUCAACACUCACUUGUGAGAAAGUGAGGUCCUGUAUGCCCCAGUCCUCGGCCAGAGAAGCAAGAAGCAGAUUUCCCAGAGGCUGUGGCUCCUUGCAUUGGUGAGGACACUGGGGUGCUAUCUCUGUUUGAGGGGUGACUGACAACUGUGCUUUCUUAGGGUGGAGUUGGUCUGCUGUCGUGACUGUCUGCUUGAGAUACUGACCCCUGGCGAUCAGAUUCUGGAAGUCCUCUCCUGAGGCUGCUGAAGUCAUCCCAGGUGCUUGUCCAGCCACAGCAGUGGAGAAAGAUCCAAUCAGGCAGGCAGGGGCAAACGGGAAGUCGGGAGGGUACCCUCCCCCCUCCCUGAGAAGUGUGGACUUUCAAAAGGAAGUGAGAAAGAGGAAGGUCUUGCCUAGGCAUGGGGUAGACCUGUUUGAUGCAGGCGGACUUCAGGGAAAGCUGGUCCUCAGUGCCACGGUGCUGUGGCUGUCGGGCGGCAGGCACUGGCUCACAGCCGUGGUGGGUACGCCUUGUUUCUCGGAAGGACAGAACCGCCCUCCUGCAGCUCUUGUUCCUGGCUUCACAUUAGAAUUAACUGGGGAGCUAAAAAAAAAAACCUGAUGCCCCAGAAAUUCUGAUUUGAUAGUUUCUGCCUUGAUGCCUAGACAAAAAAUGUCCUGAAACAAUACUUCACCUCAGACAAUACUGUACAUGCUGAUGUUUUCUAGUCUGUUCCAUUUCAUUAAGAAAGAUUCUGGUCUUAUUCCAGUAAAUUGAUUUCAAGGCCACUAAUGGGUGGUGACCCACACUUUUGAGAUGCCUGUUCCGGGCAUCACCUCCCACUGCAGAGGCUGGGGAGCCGGACAGCUCCCUUCCCAGGCUCUGCAGUGGGAACUGAUGCCUGGAACAGUUCCUGCAGCCACACUGCUGUGGAGCCUCUGAGCCUCCAUGGAGGCUCCCCAAGCCAGGCAGCAGGGGAGGAAGCGUCUGGUAGGAGGGUGGAAGGCAUCACGAUAACUAGCCACCUGCAAGGGCCAAAUCUCUCUGGGACGUUUGCACGAGGAACAUUCCGAACCCACGAAUAGAGGAGGGCUGCGGAUCUGGUAGCUGAGGAAAUUCAGUAGAAAAGCGAGAAAUGUAUGGCCAGGUGCAGUGGCACACACCUGCAGCCCCAGCUACUCGGGAGGCUGAGGUGGGAGGAUUGCCUGAGCCUGGGAAGUUGAGGCUGCAGUGAACCUUGAUCGUACCGCUGCACUCCAGCCCAGGCAACAGAAUGAGACCUUGUCUUUAAAAAAAGAAAGAAGAGGCUGGGCACGGUGGCUCACGCCUGUAAUCCCAGCACUUUGGGAGGCUGAGGUGGGCAGAUCACCUGAGCUCAGGAGUUCGAGACCAGCUUGAUCAACAUGGUGAAACCCCAUCUCUACUAAAAGUACAAAAAAAUUAGCUGGGCGUGGUGGUGGGUGCCUGUAAUCCCAGCUACUCCGGAGGCUAAGGCAGGAGAAUUGCUUGAACUGGAAGGCAUUGAGCCGAGAUCAUGCCACUGCACUCCAGCCUGGGAGACACAGCGAGACUCUGUCUCAGAAAAAAAAAAAAAAAAAAAAAGAAAGAAAGAAGAACAGAGAAAAGCAAGAAAUGUAAUUGAAAGGCCGAUGGGCUGCCCUGUCCUGCGGGUGCCUACCCUCAUUUGUGAUGCAACUAAGUCACUUCCAUAAGCUCUUCGGUCCUUUCAGCAGUGCCCAGUAGGCCAGGGGCGGAUGUAAGUGCAGAGGCUGCGGCAGUGAACAAAACAGACAAACCUCGGCCAUGGAGCUUACAUGUGAAUGGGUAGAGACGGGGUUUCACCGUGUUAACCAGGAUGGUCUCGAUCUCCUGACCUCAUGAUCCGCCCGCCUCGGCCUCCCAAAGUGCUGGGAUUACAGGCGUGAGCCACCGCGCCCGGCCACAAAAAGGAACUUUUAAGCCUGUGGGCCAAAGCUGACCAACUCCCCCACCGUCAUCGUCAUGGUGGGCCUCCCCGCCCGGGGCAAGACCUACAUCUCCAAGAAGCUGACUCGCUACCUCAACUGGAUUGGCGUCCCCACAAAAGUGUUCAACGUCGGGGAGUAUCGCCGGGAGGCUGUGAAGCAGUACAGCUCCUACAACUUCUUCCGCCCCGACAAUGAGGAAGCCAUGAAAGUCCGGAAGCAAUGUGCCUUAGCUGCCUUGAGAGAUGUCAAAAGCUACCUGGCGAAAGAAGGGGGACAAAUUGCGGUUUUCGAUGCCACCAAUACUACUAGAGAGAGGAGACACAUGAUCCUUCAUUUUGCCAAAGAAAAUGACUUUAAGGCGUUUUUCAUCGAGUCGGUGUGCGACGACCCUACAGUUGUGGCCUCCAAUAUCAUGGAAGUUAAAAUCUCCAGCCCGGAUUACAAAGACUGCAACUCGGCAGAAGCCAUGGACGACUUCAUGAAGAGGAUCAGUUGCUAUGAAGCCAGCUACCAGCCCCUCGACCCCGACAAAUGCGACAGGGACUUGUCGCUGAUCAAGGUGAUUGACGUGGGCCGGAGGUUCCUGGUGAACCGGGUGCAGGACCACAUCCAGAGCCGCAUCGUGUACUACCUGAUGAACAUCCACGUGCAGCCGCGUACCAUCUACCUGUGCCGGCACGGCGAGAAUGAGCACAACCUCCAGGGCCGCAUCGGGGGCGACUCGGGCCUGUCCAGCCGGGGCAAGAAGUUUGCCAGUGCUCUGAGCAAGUUCGUGGAGGAGCAGAACCUGAAGGACCUGCGCGUGUGGACCAGCCAGCUGAAGAGCACCAUCCAGACGGCCGAGGCGCUGCGGCUGCCCUACGAGCAGUGGAAGGCGCUCAAUGAGAUCGACGCGGGCGUCUGUGAGGAGCUGACCUACGAGGAGAUCAGGGACACCUACCCUGAGGAGUAUGCGCUGCGGGAGCAGGACAAGUACUAUUACCGCUACCCCACUGGGGAGUCCUACCAGGACCUGGUCCAGCGCCUGGAGCCGGUGAUCAUGGAGCUGGAGCGGCAGGAGAAUGUGCUGGUCAUCUGCCACCAGGCCGUCCUGCGCUGCCUGCUUGCCUACUUCCUGGAUAAGAGCGCAGAGGAGAUGCCCUACCUGAAAUGCCCUCUUCACACCGUCCUGAAACUGACGCCUGUCGCUUAUGGCUGCCGUGUGGAAUCCAUCUACCUGAACGUGGAGUCCGUCUGCACACACCGGGAGAGGUCAGAGGAUGCAAAGAAGGGACCUAACCCGCUCAUGAGACGCAAUAGUGUCACCCCGCUAGCCAGCCCCGAACCCACCAAAAAGCCUCGCAUCAACAGCUUUGAGGAGCAUGUGGCCUCCACCUCGGCCGCCCUGCCCAGCUGCCUGCCCCCGGAGGUGCCCACGCAGCUGCCUGGACAAAACAUGAAAGGCUCCCGGAGCAGCGCUGACUCCUCCCGGAAACACUGAGGCAGACGUGUUGGUUCCAUUCCAUUUCCAUUUCUGCAGCUUAGCUUGUGUCCUGCCCUCCGCCCGAGGCAAAACGUAUCCUGAGGACUUCUUCCAGAGAGGGUGGGGUGGAGCAGCGGGGGAGCCUUGGCCGAAGAGAACCGUGCUUGGCACCGUCUGUGUCCCCUCGGCCGCUGGACACCAGAAAGCCACGUGGGUCCCUGGCGCCCUGCCUUUAGCCGUGGGGCCCCCACCUCCACCCUCUGGGUUUCCUAGGAAUGUCCAGCCUCGGAGACCUUCACAAAGCCUUGGGAGGGUGAUGAGUGCUGGUCCUGACAAGAGGCCGCUGGGGACACUGUGCCGUUCUGUUUCGUUUCUGUGAUCUCCUGGCACGUUUGGAGCUGGGAAGACCACACUGGUGGCAGAAUCCUAAAAUUAAAGGAGGCAGGCUCCUAGUUGCUGAAAGUUAAGGAAUGUGUAAAACCUCCACGUGACUGGUGCAUCUUGACCUGGGAAGACGCCUCAUGGGAACGAACUUGGACAGGUGUUGGGUCGAGGCCUCUUCUGCAGGAAGUCCCUGAGCUGAGACGCAAGUUGGCUGGGUGGUCCACACCCUGGCUCUCCCGCAGGUCCACACACCUUCCAGGCCUGUGGUCUGCCUCCAAAGAUGUGCAAGGGCAGGCUGGCUGCACGGGGAGAGGGAAGUAUUUUGCCGAAAUAUGAGAACUGGGGCCUCCCGCUCCCAGGGAGCUCCAGGGCCCCUCUCUCCUCCCACCUGGACUUGGGGGGAACUGAGAAACACUUUCCUGGAGCUGCUGGCUUUUGCACUUUUUUGAUGGCAGAAGUGUGACCUGAGAGUCACACCUUCUCUUCAGGAACGUAGAUGUUGGGGUGUCUUGCCCUGGGGGGCUUGGAGCCUCUGAAGGUGGGGAGUGGAACACCUGGCAUCCUUCCCCAGCACUUGCAUUACUGUCCCUGCUCUUCCCAGGUGGGGACAGUGGCCCAAGCAAGGCCUCACUCGCAGCCACUUCUUCAAGAGCUGCCUGCACACUGUCUUGGAGCAUCUGCCUUGUGCCUGGCACUCUGCCGGUGCCUUGGGAAGGUCGGAAGAGUGGACUUUGUCCUGGCCUUCCCUUCGUGGCGUCUAUGACACUUUUGUGGUGAUGGAAAGCAUGGGACCUGUCGUCUCAGCCUGUUGGUUUCUCCUCAUUGCCUCAAACCCUGGGGUAGGUGGGACGGGGGGUCUCGUGCCCAGAUGAAACCAUUUGGAAACUCGGCAGCAGAGUUUGUCCAAAUGACCCUUUUCAGGAUGUCUCAAAGCUUGUGCCAAAGGUCACUUUUCUUUCCUGCCUUCUGCUGUGAGCCCUGAGAUCCUCCUCCCAGCUCAAGGGACAGGUCCUGGGUGAGGGUGGGGGAUUUAGACACCUGAAACUGGGCGUGGAGAGAAGAGCCGUUGCUGUUUGUUUUUUGGGAAGAGCUUUUAAAGAAUGCAUGUUUUUUUCCUGGUUGGAAUUGAGUGGGAACUGAGGCUGUGCUUCAGGUAUGGUACAAUCAAGUGGGGGAUUUUCAUGCUGAACCAUUCAAGCCCUCCCCGCCCGUUGCACCCACUUUGGCUGGCGUCUGCUGGAGAGGAUGUCUCUGUCCGCAUUCCCGUGCAACUCCAGGCUCGCGCAGUUUUCUCUCUCUCCCUGGAUGUUGAGUCUCAUCAGAAUAUGUGGGUAGGGGGUGGGCGUGCACAGGUGCAUGAUUGUGCUUAACUUGGUUGUAUUUUUCGAUUUGACAUGAAAGGCCUGUUGCUUUGCUCUUGAGAAUAGUUUCUCGUGUCCCCCUCGCAGGCCUCAUUCUUUGAACAUCGACUCUGAAGUUUGAUACAGAUAGGGGCUUGAUAGCUGUGUUCCCCUCUCCCCUCUGACUACCUAAAAUCAAUACCUAAAUACAGAAGCCUUGGUCUAACACGUGACUUUUAGUUUGGGAAGGGCCUAGAUAGGGAGAGAGGUAACAUGAAUCUGGACAGGGAGGGAGAUACUACAGAAAGGAGAACACUGCCUACUUUGCAAGCCAGUGACCUGCCUUUUGAGGGGACAUUGGACGGGGGCCGGAGGGGGCGGGGUUUGAGCUACAGUCAUGAACUUUUGGCGUCUACUGAUUCUUCCAACUCUCCACCCCACAAAAUAACGGGGACCAAUAUUUUUAACUUUGCCUAUUUGUUUUUCGGUGAGUUUCCCCCCUCCUUAUUCUGUCCUGAGACCACGGGCAAAGCUCUUCAUUUUGAGAGAGAAGAAAAACUGUUUGGAACCACACCAAUGAUAUUUUUGUUUGUAAUACUUGAAAUUUAUUUUUUUAUUAUUUUGAUAGCAGAUGUGCUAUUUAUUUAUUUAAUAUGUAUAAGGAGCCUAAACAAUAGAAAGCUGUAGAGAUUGGGUUUCAUUGUUAAUUGGUUUGGGAGCCUCCUAUGUGUGACUUAUGACUUCUCUGUGUUCUGUGUAUUUGUCUGAAUUAAUGACCUGGGAUAUAAAGCUAUGCUAGCUUUCAAACAGGAGAUGCCUUUCAGAAAUUUGUAUAUUUUGCAGUUGCCAGACCAAUAAAAUACCUGGUUGAAAUACA